AUGGCGAGAUAUUCUCACUUCGACUAUUACCAACAACCUUCAUCAUUAGACGUUGCACCUGAGGAGGACGAUAUGAGUGUACUGGACGACAAGAUCCUCGACUCGACCUCGCCGGGGCUCGCCGACCCCCGACGGGCAUCGUACGAUACUCAAGAUGCCUUUUCACAUCGCAACUCCGUCUGGUCCAACUACUCCAGCGCUAGUUCCGAGUCACGACCAACUUCGCAUCUGGGGCAGUCUGUCCUCGACUCGGCUAACCCAUCGUUCAUGCCUAUCGAUGGUCCCCAGCCGUAUACACAGCCUACCGCUGGCUGGGCCUUGUCUCGCACCGCUUCCGGCUCAUGUACGCCCACUGCUUAUGACCAAUAUCCAUCCGAAGAGGGCACUGCGAGUGCUCCCUUCUCUGGAGGUGCCGUUGGCCCUGUCAACUCUAUGCCCAUGGGCGCUGUCUCAUACCGUGGAGGGAUGGGCUUCGCGCCGUCGGGUGGGGUCGCCAUGUCGCCCCAGUCGAGUCAGGGUUGGAUGCCGGCGCCUAUGGACUUGGCAGACGCUGCUGCACAGUCAAAGAGUGCCGCAUAUCGAAAUGGGUCUCCCUUGACGAUGCGUCGAGAUGGUAUUCGCAAGAAGAACGCUCGCUUUGAAAUACCUGCCGAGCGCACUCUGAGUAAUAUCGACCAUCUCAUCAGCCAGUCCAAUAAUGAAGAGGAGAUCAAGGAACUCAAGCAGCAGAAGCGACUACUUCGGAAUCGACAGGCAGCUUUGGACUCCCGACAGCGGAAGAAGCUCCACACUGAAAAGUUGGAGGAAGAAAAGAAACAUUUCACCAAUGCGAUCGGACACCUCGAGGAUAUGGUGAAUAAGCUGCAGAGCCGCGAGGCCGAGUUGAUCCGCGAGAAGACCGAGUGGAUGAACCAGCAGCAGCAUAUGAACAAUUACCUGCAGAGUCUUCACAUCGAAAAGGACGAGAUGAUCCGCGUGCACACCCUCGAGACCGCCGAGCUGCGAAAGAAGAACAACAUCCUAAUGGAAACAGUCGAGAAAUUCGAGCGAGGUGUUCCCAAACCAGUCGAUACCCACGCCGACUUCACCGGCUUCGAGAACCUAUCCAUGGAGAACCACCCAUGGGGAGACUUCAACAUGGGCAACGGCAUCUCGAUGCAUGAACAAGCCCCAGCCCAACAACAAGCCCUCCAAGCCCCGGAGCGAAGCGAUAAAUCCACCGCUCCAUUCAGCUGGAACGCCUUUUACAUGUGCCUUCUCUUCGGCGCGUACAUCGCCUCGAACAACGCCUCCAUCCCAGGCCGAUCCCUCCCCCAACUCUCAGAAGAAUACCGAGCGGAAUCAGCAAACGUGCUCAAAGCCGUGCUAUCCUCCUCUCCAAAUGAGUUCGGCGCCGUACAGGCUCAAGCCCAAGUCCCCACAACCAUCCCCGGCCCAUCUGCCUCCGCCAUCCCAACCAUGGAAAUGGCGCCGAUGGCGCAGGUCCAGGUCCAGGCGGGUUCAUCUACCCUGGACGAGCUCCACGAUACCCUCGUCAUGCCGACAGAAGACCAGCAGCGCGCACAGGUCUUCACUCUAAACCCGGACCAGUACAAUCAGCUGACUACCUUUGACGACGACUUUAAGCCUUCGCAGCCGUCGAAUCUGCAGCAGGCGCUCGCCGCGAUGCGGAGUAAUGCGGCGCAGCACCGUAUGGGCGCGUCGGACGUUUAUUCGCGAUCGCUGAUGUGGGACCGUGUUCCUGAGAAGGUUAUUCGGGAUUUCCGUCGCAUGGUGCAUGAGUAUGGGGCACCGGUUAAAGAGGAGAUGGUUGGGUUUGCUGCUUGA